AUGGCCAAAACUGUGCGAAAGCGCGGUUCGGGCACUCAAUUGCAGGUCUCCCCGACACACGAUUCUAACGACAUGCCUCAGAUACAACAGUUCCAAGACCUCAUAGACCUUCAGAAAAGCGAAUUCGAAACAAUAAGAAGCGGCUACACGCAACAAAAUGCUCAGCUAGCAAAGUCUAACAGCUCAUUGAUGAUAAAAGUGCGAGAAAUGGACAAGAGCGUUAGUGAACUUAUACAAGAAAAUGUACUAUUGAGGUCGAAGCUAUCGAUGAAGGAGUUACAGUUUAAAGAGAGAUUAACGUGUCACAUUCAAGUUAUGGAGAAGGGUGUUCUCCAACGGUUUGAGGAAAUAUUGCAUAUGUUCGCAUCAAUUAGAAGGCGUGAGGGGCUGGAACCACCGCCUGAAAACUUAAUGGAACGAUCUUCAUUUUUUAGCGAGCCUAAAUCUAUUUUGAAAAGAAACAGGGCUUCUAGUGGCGGUAAAAACCCGCGUGGCUCUACCAUUGCAUUCGACGAGACUGAGAACCAAGUCUUUUCACCACAAGCUGACCGGCAACAAGAAAAUGCGAGCACAAGAACUGAACAAAUACCUAGCCCGCCUUCUAAGAAGAGGCGGAAAAGCUCUAGGAGAGAGUCACUUUUUCAUCCCUCUGAUUUCGAGUUUUCGGACGACGAGGAAAACGCAAACUCCAGUCCUGGAAUGGAUGCGGUGGACUCCCCACAGCUGCCUUCAGAACCUAUCACCUCUAAUGAGAAUGUUGAGCUAGACACCGCAAGAGUUGGCAUGGAAUCACAGCAAGAGCCCGUUGAAGAGCCGUGUAAUUUAACCAACUCUUUGAUUGACUAUUCUAUACCUGAAGAGGUUCCAGAGGGGGAACAAGAAAGUUUUAGCGCUGACACUUCUAGCAAAGUUAGUGUAUACCGCGACAACCGUGAUAUUCUGAAUACUAGAAGCAUAGCGUACUCAACCGAGUUGUCCUCAGAAAGAAGCCCUGGGAACCAGGGAGCAGCCAAGGAUUCUCAGCACCCCUCUUUUAUCCAAAACUCCACGUCGUCUCAGAAGAAAGUCAAACACUCCAUGAAAUCUAGAGGAGUUCAAAAAAAAAUGAUUGAUGAGGUUAUGCCUACUACAUGCGGAACAACUAGUGAGCUUUCAGACAGCUCUAGAUCUAGAAGAACCCGUGGAAGAGCCAUUAAUUACGCUUUACCUUCUUUGAGGGCGAAAAUGAGAAGACCCACGGAAAAGCUUGUCGACGCUACCACCGUCACUAACAUUCGGGAUCUUCAAGUCGUAACUGGUCGUACGAAGUCAAGUUCAAAAUCUCGAGAUGGAACUCCUUUUUACGACGAAAAUUCAGUCCAAAAUUUGCCCCCUCAACCCAGUAAUAUGAUUCCAGGCUCCGAUUAUGAAAAACCAAAAAAUGUAACUCCUACAUCCCACGAAAAACCCAAAGAAGCUUCCAUUCUUAACGAUGCUCAGGAAUCCUCUGCAAAUGUUGAGUCAAUAAAUGUUGCAAAAUUGAACCCCCUAAAGGAUAUAACAAACAAAGCCCCUGCCAAGCCAUCCAACAAAACCAAAAAGCUUUUCAAAAAACCAAUAGUCGGAGACCUGGGUGAUGAAAAUUCUUGUAGUCUCGACGAAAGCUCUGCAAGCCAUAGCGCUAGCUUCCGAGUUAAUGAGGAAGACCUCUCAGUAUUUGAUUUACUAGAUGAUCUUAAAACGAAUAAAGCGCCUAAAACACAUAGGGCAAGGGCAGGCCAGGCGACUGAGAAGCGUGGUAGGAAAACUGCAUUUAGAUUAUAG